GACGCCGCCGAGCGGUUUGACGCGCCGCCGUCAACAACGCUCAUGCACAUCGCCGUGACAUAUCUCCAGACCACGAUCACGUCGGCGCGCUUGACGUCCGGUUGCCGCUACGCUCUAGUUCUGAACCUCGUGGACCUUGAAGGUCCGCGGUCGCCGAAGCCGCCGGCGAUGAUCCGGGCCAUCGAAGCGUUCAAGACGCUGGCGGCGCGGCCGACGCAUAAGCACCGGCGUAUCGCGUGUGAGCUCAAGCCCAUCAACCACAAGCUUUUGUGGGAGAAGCUCGGACGCAAGGACAAGUACUUGGUCGACGUGCUCUUGGCAACCGGCGCCUACGACGUCGUCCUCGUCAGCUUCAAGAAGGAGCGCGACUACGACGCAGAGCUGCCUUAUGAUAGUGGCAACGAGGACGACUGGGACUACGACAAGCCCCGGUACAAAUACAUCAACACGAUCGCGCGCUUCAACGAGCAUCCCGCGUGUCCGCUUCCAGCUGCGAUGCGCCUCAUGCUCGCAACCCGAGGCGCCCACGCCUUUCCCGAGACAACUGGUCCGCUCGAGCGCAUAUCGAUCCCAGCAACCAGCGUCCUCUUCUGGCCCAAGAAGUACCGCGCCGAGAUCAACGGUGUCCAUUCUGCACUCAAGAUGCUGCAAGACGCGAUCAAGGACCCGGCGGCGGACCUUCUCGGGUAUGCUUCGGUGCGCGACUUGGCGCAAAGCACCGUCGCAGUCUUUGGCUGCGGCGAUCUUGAGCAUCCGAUCCCAACGAUCGAGCCAAUCCUAGAGCUCCUCGUGUUCGACACGGAGCCCGUCACUACCACGUACGUCACGACAAAUGGCUUUUUACGUGACGCUGUCACCAUCACGCCCAACACGCCGCUCGACGUCGUCGCGCCGGUCGUGCACUCGCUCUUGAGUACGUUUGGCUGGAUGCUGCUCGCGGACGCCAUGAUGGGUCUCAUUCAGCGCUGGAUCUGCUCGGUGACGGGCCCGCUGCUGCAGCUGCUCUCGAGCUUGGCGGGUAUCAGUACGCAGCCCGUGUGCGCUGCGGUGCGCCAGCCUUGCUUUGGCGAGUUUCUCAAAGCUGCGUGGUCGACUCUAGUCCACCACCGUCGCCUCAAGCUUCGCUGCACCGGAGCGAGCGCCUGCACGGCGCUCUUGUGCGACCUUUUACUGCUUGGCGCGCACGUCGAGCGUUCGAUUCCCGAGGACCCGAGUGACAACUGGCUCGGCGCGCAUUUGCCACCGACGCUUCUCUCGGUCGUGGACGACUACAUUCGUCCGCGCCGGUCGGCCCUUGUCGCUGUCCAGCGCAUGUACGGUGAUGACACAAUGGCGCUGCUGGCGUACCUCUCGCAGGCACUACCCAAUGUCGCGGCAAGUCGCCCGGAGAUGCAAUUAGCGCCGUUCGCCGAUGCCCUCCUCGCUACCUUUGAUGCGUUGCCCGCACCGAGUCGGCCCACAGCGUAUAGCAUACGCUACAUGACCGACACGACGUCGCUGCGGCGGGUCAUGAGCCCGCAGUCGUUUGCAAGCUUGUUGGUCGUCCUCGACACGACUUGUCGCUGCACGGCUGAGUUCUUAUCGCUGCUUUGGCGUCGGUGGGGUCUCUCGACCGGUUUCGUGUACGCCUUUGUCAAAAUGCCCGUGUCGUCGUCCCUCCAAGCCCUUGUGACCGCCCACUUUGUCGACCUUGCGCCGUCGCUUGCGCGAUUUCAAGACCAAUUUUGCGAUCUAGCGCAAGGGCAAUCGGCCGAGAAACGCAUUGUGGUACUGUCGCGCAUCGAGCCGACGAAGAACGCACUCGUCUUGCUCGCAACGUUGGCACCGGAUGCAAUUCUGGCAUUUACUACAGCUUGGCUGGCGGCGCUGCCGACUACGGUCGACGCCACGCUCUACCGGCUCUACCCCGUUGCCACGUAUAUGGUCGACCAGCUCGGCCGUCGCCAUGGCAGUGCGCGUCUGACAUCAGAGUGCUUGGGGAGGCUGCGAGCCGCCCGCGCCCCGAUCGCACUCGGGCCUGCGCACGAGAUGACCGACAUGGCCAUCGAUCCAGAGCACUGCGUCGAGUGCUGCGACGUCGCUGCCUUUCUUCAAGACGGCGCGCGAUCGUACUUGCCUCUCAGGACGGACGCUUGGGAUCUCUGCAAAGCCGUCCGCAAGUGCCUCGCUGCCCACUCUGACGUUCUCUUGGAGGCCAAGUGCUCGAACCGGGACCUUGAUGGCGUUCUCAAGCUACCGCCACCAGCCGGCAUCUCGGUAGCCGAGUACACGCGCACCCAGAACGACCAAGCGCACCUCGCCCGCUGCAUUGCAAGACUCGGAGUCAUUCCAGUCGAUGCCACAUCGCCUGCAGCGAAGCGCCCACGGCACGCUUAA